AUGGAUGUUAUGGGUUCAACACCAACAGCUCCAUACACACGUAGGAGUCAUCGACCACAACAAGGUAGACUUUUAUCAUCUGUUCCACCAUAUUCUGGUAUACUCACUCGAUCACUUUCUAUUCCAUGGCGUCCAGCAAUGUAUUAUCAAACAGCACGCGUUGAUUCGACACAACCAUUUAGUUCACAAAAUUAUUUAAAUAAUAUCGAUAAUGCUAGAGUACCACUAAUAUUUCCAUCAGCUCGUCUAGCACUUUGUACACGUUAUACACCAAAAGAUUGGCAUGAUGCUCAAAUGACAAAUUAUUCAGCAUCGAAUCAAAUUUGUGCUGCAGCUGAACGUUUACGUUCAGAUGCAAUACGUUUAGCACGUGAAAAAGAUGAACAAGCAUUUAAAAAUAAUUCUGAAUCAUCAAGACGCUUAAGCGAAAGUAUAAAUGAUAUUGAAUAUUGGGAAAAGGAACUAGAAAAAAUAAUAGAUAAAAUGAAACGUAAAGUAGCUGAUGUGGAAUUUAAACGACGUGAAGCUGAACGAUUAUCAUUCGAAUUAGAAAAACCAUUGGGUAUAGCACAAGAAAAUUUAUAUGAACGUGAAAAACGUCAAGGUAUUGAUCUUGUGCAUGAUAAUGUUGAACAAGAACUUAUUCGGGAAAUUGAUGCAAUUAAAUUAUCUCAACAAAAACUUCGACAAAUGCUCGAACAUCUUAAUACCCAAAAUGCUCUAAAUUGUACUUCAUUACACGAAUUAGAACGUGAUGCACAAAAUAAAUUUCGCGCUCGAGUACUUGAUUCAACUGCUCAUAAUAUUAAAACAAAAUCACAUGGUAUUAACUUUUAUGAAGGUAUUGAAAAUGUGGAUAACACUGUAUCAAUACCAGAAUCAUGGGCACGAUUUACAGAAGAAAAUAUUCGUCGAGCACUUAGUGAAAUUUCUCAAUCGAAUGAAUUACUUAAUGCUACUGACCAACUUAUAGCAACAAUUAACAAUGGUAUGUGGUCACAAUGGAACCAUGUUAAUAUGUCACUUGAAAAUCGUGUACAAGAAGAACGAGCAGCGAAAAAUAAUAUACAAGCUCAUCUUGAAAAGAUUCGUCAAGAAACCGUUGAUGUGGAAAAAAAUAUUGAAUUUUUGAAAAAAACAAUUGCUGAUAAAGAGGCAUUUUUACAAGUUGCUCAAACACGUCUAGAAAUACGUACAAGACGACCAAAUGUUGAAGCAUGUCGAGAUUCUGCUAUGCAUAGAUUAAUUCAAGAAGUUCAUGAUUUACAUGCAGCUAUUGCUGAUCUUCAUGGUAAAUUAAGUCAAGAAGAAAAUGUUGUACAAAAUUUAUUACGUGCUAAAUCAACCUUAGAACACGAUUUAGCAAUUAAAAAUAAUUCAUUAUUUAUUGAUUCUGACAAGGUUAUGGGUAUUCGACGUGCACUCACGAUGGGUACAUCAGCAAAAAGCUCAGCUACUCCGAUAUCAUUAUCUCAUCCAUGUGAUUUUAUUAUUGUGUGA